GUGCCGCAGAACACGGAAAAAAGAGGAGAGAAAAAAAGCAAAGAGGAGAAAUCGUCGAAUAGAAGAAGGGAAUAAAGGCGAGGUGAAGAUUUAUCGCAAGCGUCGAGGGAAACGCAGGGUAUAAACUGCGGAACGCUGGAGGCGGUCAGGCGACUGAGUCGGGAGCGGCGCGAGAUGGAGAAACGUUGCAUGUUUUUCACAGCGCUUGCGACCGCAACCAUUUUUGCUGUGGCGAUUUUAUUCUUCAUUAUCUAUACAACUUCUGAAGACGUUUGCACUUCCCGCCGUUGUGUCCAAUCCGCAAAUGAAUUAAUGACAACCCUAGAUCAGUCCGUAGAUCCCUGCGUGGAUUUUUACGACUUUGCGUGCGGCGGCAUACGCCGGCUGCUCGCACAAGGUGAAAAACGACGCGCGUACAACGAAAACGAGGACAAUUCCGACGACGCGAAAGCGAACGCCGUCAGGGACAUGAUCGAAGAGCCGCCGAAUCCGUACGAUACAAAAACGCUGUCGAAGAUUAAAACUUUUUACCGCUCGUGCAUGCACGAACCGACCGGCAACGAGACCUUCACCGUCUUGGGUGGCGUGACGGCGGACGGGAUUAGGGCUGCGCUCCGGGAUAUCGGCGGCUGGCCAAUGUUGGAACGCGGCAAUUGGCGUGAGGACCGCUUCGAUUGGAUCACCACCGUGCACCAUCUCGCACGCAACGGCAUCCUUGAGGAUAUCUUCAUUCAAACCAGCGUUCAGACCAAUCAAUAUGAUAUUACAAAAUAUAUUCUUUCGAUACGCAUAUCAAAUGACUAUUUGGACGAUGCCAGAAUCAAUACCGAAAGCGAUAAGAAGUUACUCCUCGAAUAUUCGCUGGAAAUAGCACUGUUUUUCGGCGUGGAUCGCAUGCGAGCCGAACGCGACUUGCGCGAUAUUAUGGAGUUUCUUGAACAAUUAAUUCGUCAGGCGACAAGAAGUAACGAAGCUAUAAAUGUUUUUAAUCCGCGUUCGAUAACUCAGCUGCAACACGACGUCCCAAAUUUGUCCUGGCGUGCUUACAUCAACGAAUUGCUCGGUCCCGGGCUGGAAUUAAGCGCCGACGAGUUUGUCAAUGUGCCGAACGUCGACGAGCUCAAACGUCUCAUCGAUUUGCUCCACCGAACGCCGAAAAAAAUCCUGGCGAAUUACCUCUGCUGGCGUAUUGUACAAACCUACGCACCUUAUUUCAUCGAAAAGGGAGGCUUACAUGAGCGACUCGCAAAGUUUCCAAAGUUUCAUUCACGCUGGAAUCGUCGUGAGAUUUGCUCAAGAUUAAUUCGCAAAACAAUGGAAGACGCAGUGGAAACAUGCUACGUGCAUAGAUACGUAACCGAUGACGUGAAACGCGCCGCUAAAGAAGUCGUAGACGCAAUCCGGAAGCAGCUUAUUAACACCGCCGACCAACUGGAUUGGUUGGACGAAGACGCGCGGCGUGUGGCGCUCGAAAAGCUCGCGAGUGUUCGAGACUACGUCGCCCACGCGCCACCGGACGCGCCGCCGACAUGGCCGGAAGUUUACGAGCGCCUCGACUUUGCCGAAGACCGCUUCGUGGCCAACCUGAGGGCUCUACAGGCGGCCAACGCCGACAUUAAGUAUCGCAAGCUACGCCAGCCGGUUGUUCAGCACGAAUAUCGAGAGAUAGAAUAUUCGGUCAUAAAUAAUUACUUGGUGCUGCCAUCUGAUUAUCUCCAACCAUUUUACAUCGAUGCAUCACGACCCAUGUACAUGAACUUUGGUCUUCUGGGAACGCUGAUAGCCCAUCAACUAUCGGAAGUUUUCCUCGAAGGACGACGUUAUGAUUCUCAUGGUGAACUCCGCGAAUGGUCAACUUCACAAAGUCUCUUCAAUUAUGACAAUAAAACACGUUGUUUAACUAAACAAUAUGAACAAUUUCAUGUGCCUGGAUUCGGCCCUAAUAUAAAUGCAUCGGAAACUCAACUAGAUGACGUCGCAGUGCUCUUCAGUAAAUUAAUCGCAUACAAAUCGUACAUAUCCUGGUUGGAUUCGCACGAGUCAGAAGGACGCCUGCCAGGACUCCAGUACUCCACUAGACAGCUGUACUGGAUCGCAAGCGCGAUGGACGAAUGCCACCGCCAGCAGACACCGCUACCGCCGCCACCGCCGCCACAAUCGGCACGAUCCAUUUCGAAAUUGCGCGUCGUGGGCCCGCUGCGAAACGCGGAGGACUUUGCGGAAGACUUCCGCUGCCCGAUCGAUACCUACAUGCAUCCAGCGGAGAAAUGCGCGCUGUGGUAGUCCAAGAACCCACCCCCGGCGGCGGCGGACAAGUGCCGGCUCAUUAUGUUAAAGGGCGUCAUUAAUUAACCACGUCUUUAAUGAACCGCAACGAAAACAAGAAGAAGAAAAAAUUAAUCAAAGUAAAAACUUAUUUUUUCUCAGUUUUCUCUGUUUUUUGCUAUGUAUAAGAUUAAAAAAAACAUUUCACAGUUGGUAAAAUUUAUUUAAAUCCAACUGACCGCCCCCAUGAUAACGGGCACGGUUGUUUAAACACGUUUUAAUUAAAUGAAUGCAGAAACGCUUUUAGCGCAGUUUAAGUCGCGAAUGUUUUUCAUCAGCAUCAGCUGUGGCGGCGGCAGAGGCGGAGGCGGCGUGUGCAUGUCGCGGAAUGCGGUGCGGAGCAAGUGACCGGAAAGUUUCGCCAAUUAAAACUCGACGGGAGCGCACGCCAGCCGCCGCCACCACCAGCAUAGCAUACGAAUACUACUGCCGCCUCCACCGCCUCCGAAUUAAGUGCAUGCCAUGCAAGUGCUCGCUUUACGUCUAUAUCUUUUCUCUAUUUUCUCUAUUCUCGGUUUACUUUCGUAAAUGAUCAGAGAUCAAAUGCCGCACAGAGAGAAAAGAGAAAUUAAAACGCUGACAACAUAACCUCUUUUUAUUACUAGUAUCUGGUGUUUGUCACACACAACUGCGCUAAGCGAAAGUGAGGUUAUGGCGCUGUUAAGCUUUAAGCGAGGGGGAAUCCGCGAUGCUUGUGACCCUCUUGAGAUGCGACAACUCACAACUCUCGGCAUAACCUCCGCAACCCCAAGUUGUAUUUAAUUAUCUCGAUUGACGAUAAAACACACAUAAUCAUGCGACACAUCAUCCCCUACCGUUUAUUCACAGCUGUUCGCUUGGGGUGCUGCUGGAAAUCAAACAAAAAUGUAGGAAUCACUGACGGGGAAGAUUGUGGAGGGUGCUAAACGUACUAAAAAUAUCCGUAGGGGUGCAAAGUGCAAGCGUGUCUUAUCAAGAGUGUAUCAGGUAUGGGUGGUGGUUAAUUUUUGCUUCAUUUGUCACGAGCACGUGCACGUGUGGUUAGGGGAGAGUUUACACUAGUUUUAAUUAAGAAAAGAAAAAAUGUUUUAGAAAAAUUGGAAUAUCUUUUUAAGUAGAAGUCGUAGAGGGUUAGUUAAUAUGUCAUUUUAAAGAGAAUUUAUUGU